AGUUCGGUGUAUGGUAAUUUUCAUAAUGGCAGACGAUUUAUCCGUCUUGCUUUCUUGGUUUGCAAACUAUUCCAAUUAUUACUCGAUAUUGACAGUACUGAUAUGUUUUUCUACGAUGGUUAUAUUUAUUUUUAGACUAAAUGCUGAACAUAUAUUUCCUUCAAGAAUCAUGAAUUUUCACAACUGUACCAAAUUCCAAGAAAUGACUAAAGUCAAGAAUGUGUUUUAUUGUCAGUUAAGUAAAAAACAACAUUCUAGUAUAAAAGAUGGAGUACAUUUACAGAUUUCUCAGGUUCUACCACUAACAAUAUAUUUAGUAUGGGGAGCAUUUGUUAAUACAGUUUAUGAAGAAUUUUUAAAAGAUACUAAAACAAUUAAAGAAGAAAUAGAAAAAUUAACUUUUAUGGAGAAGAAAUGUUGGAAAAUAGAGAAAAUAGAAAGGUCCUCAAAUUCUAUUAAUCCUGUUGUGGUUGAUUUAGAGUGCCCAAGUGUUUUACAUACUAAUAAUUAUGGCGAACCAUCUCGUCAGUAUUAUCCUCUAGUAGUAAUAAUGGUUCAAAGAGAAAAUAAUCUAACAUCAUUCCAACAUGAGUAUAAUGUAAAUGCCAUGAUGACUAUAAUCCAUUUACAAGAUUCACAAACAGCUUUACGAUCAUAUAUAAUAGGGCAGUAUGUUAAGCUGGAUGGAAGACAAGUCUUUAGUUUACAGCCAAUAUUUGUGACCAGUUCAGAUGAAGUAGGAGAACCAGGAACAGCAAAUAAUAUACCAACAACAGAUACCAGCAAUAAUUGUCAAGAUACAGAUAUUUGUGUUGUUUGUCAAAAUUUACCAGUGUCGCAUGUUGUGUUACCAUGUCGACAUGCAUGUGUGUGUUCAAACUGUUUUCAACGAAUAGAAAAAUGUCCGAUGUGUAGAGGUUAUUUAGAUAGCUAUUUUACACUUCAUGAAACCAAUAUCCAGGCAGAAACAACAGAUAAUACUACAGAUUCCCUCAGUAAUAAUUUUCAAACAAGAUGGGAGAUGUGGAACCAAAGAUUAAAUGAAUUCCUUGGAUAUAGAUAAAAACUCUGUAACUACAAACAAAAAAACCUUUGUGACUACACAAAAAACACCUCUAUGACUAUAAACAAAAAAAUAGUUUGACUAGAAACAAAAAAAACAGUUUGACUAGAAACAAAAAAACAGUUUAACUAGAAACAAAAAAACAGUUUGACUAGAAACAAAUAAACUCUGUGACUACAAACAACAACUCUGAAUUAUGAAUAUAGAAAGCUAAUUAUUAAAAUAUUGUGUAAAACUUAAAGUGGGUUAUAUAGACUGAAAUCAUGGAAUGACAGCUGAUUUCUUGCAAUAUUGUAUUUUUAAAAUGCCUAUUGUAAAGAGUUUUACCCACAAUGUUAAAUUGGUUUAAGCUUAGGGAAAUUUCUUAAAAAUAAUAUUCUGUUAUAUGUGUUAUUAUAUAGUCAGUUACGUGAUAUUUGAUUUAUAUUUUAUUGAAAAUAGAUUUAACUUAUUAUAGCAAAUUUCAUGACAUUUAUUUAACAUGUUAAUAAGCGUGCAUUUUUAAAACAUUAACUACCCCCUAUUGUGUAAUUAAUUUGACGAAGUGACGAAGAACAAUGUACCAUGUUCUAAGAAUAGGUUGGGGAAAAUACCUCCAAGGUGUUAUAUUACGCCCUACACACAGUGAGUGGCAGUUGUCCAUGACGUAAUAUAACGUCCUACACAUGCGAUCGAUCGUGGGGGAAUUCCCAAGGGAUUCCUCCAAGUGACGAACUAUGUUCUAAGAAUAGGUUGGGGAAAAUACCUCCAAGGCGUUAUAUUACGCUCUACACACAGUGAGUGGCAGUUGUCCAAGACGUAUAUAGCGACCAAUGCACUUAACAGGUUAAAAUUAUUAGUUAUGGAAUAUAGUUAAAAAAAAAAAAAAUUGUACAUGUAUGCACAAAUACAGUAAUUUGCAAAUGGUGAAAAUAUGAUAUUUAAUUUGUUGAUGAUUGAAUAAUGUGGAUUGUUAUGUUCUAAUUUAAUUUAUUUUUAGUGCCAUGAUUAAUAAUAUAUACCCAUCUAACCGGUGAUUUCUUGUUGAUUUAAUUAAUUUAUAUUUUAAAAAUAUGGAAAUACAAUGUACAUAGCUUGCCAUUUGUAUUUUUAUAUGCCCAUAUUUUAAAGGGUAUAUAUAGUACCAGUUUUUGUUAUCCACAAUUAUUCUUCAAUUUGUUUUAAAUAUUUAUGUAUUUAUGAAACCAUUUUGAUUUUCAGUGAUUUCUGAUGAUUAUUUCAAGAUAUAUGUGUUUGUUACAAAAUAUUAUUUUAUCAUUCAGUCUCUUUGAAAUUUGUUAAGGUUACUUCAGGGACCUAUAAAAAAAUUAUACCAACAUUUAAUUUUUUUUUUAUGUUGUUUACUCCACUUCAUCUUGGUCUUUAGAUUCUUAUUUAUGGGAUGCAUUCAAUAACAUUGGUUAAUUAGGAGAGGAAGAGAGAUUAAACAUCCACACAAUGCAAAUUCCAUAAUUUCAGGACUAACAUGUGGCAUAUCAUUAUGUCAAUAAUUCAAGUGAUUGUAGGAGUCUUUAGCUGUAGAAGGAAACUGAAUAAAAACCCCAGGGUAGGCUGGUAGUCGUGACCAUAGUCCCUGUGGUGUUCCAAGCCUGGGCUCAAAAACACAACUUGACUCUGUAACAUUCUUAUGAUCUAAAACAUGUGUUAUACCACUUGGCCAACCAUACUCAUGUCUGAAUUGGCCCAGAGAAAUAAACUUUUGGUGGGAUAUAUGGUUCACUGCCGGACAACUACUAUUUUUAUAUAGAUCCUUUUUUUUCUUGUUACAUGUUAAUAUGUCAUAGGUGAAUGGUUGUAUUAUUUCAUCAUCAUUUUCUAAAGGAAUGUGCUGAAUAAAUAAAU